GAGCCUCCAGCCCGCCCCCCGCACCUCCCUUCCCUUCCAUCCAGGGACGCGGCUGCCCGGCGCCUCCAGCCUCGGGACGCUCCCGCCGCCGCCGCCUCCCCGCCGGGCUCAUCAUGGCACCUCUCCGACUCCUCUGCUCCUGGCCACGUCUCUGCGCCUCGGCGCGCGGCUCCUGGGGCCCCCGAUCCAAGGGAGGUGUUUGCUAUUUUUCAACCAGCACAUGUCGCCAUACCAAAUUUUACAAAGAUCCAGUGGAAGCUGUCAAAGAUAUCCCUGACGGUGCAAAGAUCCUGGUUGGUGGCUUCGGGCUGUGUGGCAUUCCAGAGAACCUCAUCGGAGCUUUACUGAAGACUGGAGUCAAGGGGCUCACUGCAGUCAGCAACAAUGCGGGGGUUGACAACUUUGGCUUGGGCCUUUUGCUUCGAAGCAAGCAGAUAAAGCGCAUGAUCUCUUCGUACGUGGGAGAAAAUGCAGAAUUUGAACGACAGUACUUAUCUGGUGAAUUAGAGGUAGAGCUGACACCUCAGGGCACACUGGCAGAGAGGAUUCGUGCCGGCGCUGGAGUUCCUGCCUUUUACACCAGCACAGGCUAUGGGACCGCUGUGCAAGAAGGAGGGGGCCCCGAUCAAGUGAGGGAGUUCAAUGGUCAACAUUUUAUUUUGGAGGAAGCGAUUACAGGGGAUUUUGCCUUGGUGAAAGCCUGGAAGGCAGACCGUGCAGGAAACAUCAUUUUCAGGAAAAGUGCCCGGAAUUUCAACCUGCCCAUGUGCAAAGCUGCGGGAACCACAGUGGUGGAGGUUGAAGAAAUUGUGGAUGUUGGAUCCUUUGCCCCAGAAGACAUCCAUAUUCCUAAGAUUUAUGUACAUCGCCUUAUAAAGGGAGAAAAAUAUGAGAAAAGAAUUGAGCGUUUAUCAACCCGGAAACAAGAAGAUGUAAAAGCCAAAUCCGGAAAACCUGGAGAUAAUGUGAGGGAGCGCAUCAUCAAGCGGGCAGCUCUUGAAUUUGAGGAUGGCAUGUAUGCUAAUUUGGGCAUAGGAAUCCCACUUCUGGCCAGUAACUUUAUCAGCCCAAAUAUGACUAUCCAUCUGCAGAGUGAAAAUGGAAUCCUGGGUUUGGGUCCAUAUCCAUUCGAAAACGAAGUUGAUGCAGAUCUAAUCAAUGCAGGCAAGGAAACAGUUACUGUUCUUCCAGGAGCCUCUUACUUCUCCAGCGAUGAGUCAUUCGCGAUGAUUAGAGGAGGACAUGUCAACCUGACCAUGCUAGGAGCCAUGCAGGUUUCCAAAUAUGGUGACCUGGCUAACUGGAUGAUCCCUGGGAAGAUGGUGAAAGGAAUGGGAGGUGCUAUGGAUCUGGUGUCCAGUGCCAAAACCAAGGUUGUGGUCACCAUGGAGCAUUCUGCAAAGGGAAAUACACAUAAAAUCAUGGAGAAAUGUACAUUGCCAUUAACUGGAAAGCAGUGUGUCAACCGCAUCAUCACUGAAAAGGCUGUGUUUGACGUGGACAGCAAGAAGGGGCUGACUCUGAUUGAACUCUGGGAAGGCCUGACAGUGGACGACAUCAAAAAGAGCACCGGGUGUGACUUCGCAGUUUCACCAAAACUCAUGCCAAUGCAGCAGAUCACAAUUUGAAACGUGGAAUAAACAUUUAUCACAGGC